AUGGACCCGCAUAAGGAAUGCGUGUUUGUCUCCGAGAAAUCGCGAUUCUUUCCUUCGAUUCGAUUUUUUCUUGCGAUACUAUUAUGUCUUUGCUAUAUUGCGCUCGCCAUUGGAACAUCGAAUAUUUCACAAAGCAUGGUUUGCAUGGUGAAAAAGCCUGAUUUCAAUGCGACAUGUCCCACGGAGGAUUUAGAAGUCGAAGCAGUUCCUUGUCAUGCGGCAAAAAAGUAUAAUUGGACUUCAAUGCAGCAAGGUCUAAUUUAUUCAGCGCAGAACUUUGGUUCUUUAUUUAUGCUUAUCAGCGGAUGGCAAGCAGAUCGUCUGAAUGGAAAGUGGACGAUCAUGGUGGGAAUGAUGUUCCUCAUCGUUUCCAGCGCGUUUCUUCCAAUAUCCGCAAAUGUUUCAGUCGCACUCGUCUUCUUUCUCAGGUUCCUGACGGGCGUCGGCGAUGCCCUUCUGUCACCUGCUGCCUCUUCAAUGAUAACCAGAUGGUUUCCACCCAAAGAGAGACCGAGUGCGUUGGGAAUAGUUACGGGAGGUCGUCAAAUAGGAACAUUGAUCAUUUUGCCGAUCGGUGGUUUCCUCUGUGGCGAUAAUGGAAGCAAGGGAUUUGGCGGAUGGCCAACAAUCUUCUACUUAUCAUCGGGCAUUGCUGGAUUUGUUCUUAUUGUUUGGGUGAUAUUCUCAGCAGAUAAGCCAUCGAAGCAUCUUUGCAUCUCGCAGAACGAAGAAGCAUAUAUCAGUAGAAAGAUUGAAGAGGAGCAUGUUGGAAAAAGGAAUAACCGUGGGAGGACUCCGUGGAAGAAAAUAUUUACCUGCAGAGCUAUGUGGGUAUCGGUUGCGGCACUUGUAUGCCACGAAUUUCCAUUAGUCAUCAUGCUUCAGUUUCUACCGAAAUUCUUUUCCGACGUGCUUGGUCUUUCGAGUACAAUCAACGGAUUAGUCUCAGCUCUUCCAGUCGCCAUUCUCUUUAUCUCAAAAACACUUUCCUCCAGUUUAGCUUCUUAUUUGACUGCUCAGAAGGUUAUAGGAAAAACAACCUCUUGCAAGAUUUUCAACUUCAUAGCAUCCUUAGGAUUAGGGAUCUGCAUUGGCGCAACACCAUUAAUGGGAUCACUUCAACAUCCAGCUUUUGCUAUUGUGCUUCUCUGCUUGGCGAACGCAUUUGCAGGUCUACAUACUCCUGGUGUUCAAACGGCUUUAGUUCAACUAGCCCCAGCCUAUUCUGGAAUUCUAACUGGAAUUGCAUUCGCCGUCGCCGGAGUUUUCUCCAUUUUCAACAAACUUCUUAUGAGCCAAAUUUUAGUAACCGGAUCGCACAAAGAAUGGACCAUCGUGUUCGAAAUUUCCGCAGUCGUUGCCGUUCUUCCAAUUUUCUUUUUCACACUUUGGGGAUCGGCUGAAAGAGUUGAAUGGGCAUCAAGCCGAUUUGUAACUCCAAAGGAUCCCGACCAAGAUUCGCAGGACUCUUCAUCAUCAUCCUCAUCGGCAAUUCAUUCGCUGGCAAAACUUAGCAUGUUCCUUACCCACAAUCUUACCAAUACUGCCUAG